UGAUUUGUGACAAUGUGUAUAAUGUAUAUGGCUUAUAUGUCUUAUAUAUGUUUUAUGUCUUUGUCAGCCCAACGGAAGACGAAUGUCCCGCUCAACGUGUUCAAAGAUUCAAAAGGUCUACAAAGAACAUCAUCUACGCGUACUACACCCUGAAAGUAGACGGCGGUAGAUUAGGGGACGACCCGGAUGGUAUUGUGUCCAAAUUAGUGAAUGAAAUCCUGGACGUUGUUGUCCUGUUCCUGAACACCACAACGAUUAUCACAGGCGGAGUGUUCGACCAGGACUACUUUCAUAAUGAAAUUAACAGUGAGAAUUUCAGGAAACAGAUACAAGAACCUUCCUGCGAGAAUGUACAUAUGGAUUGUCCUUUAGGACACAAGUGUGACAUUCUGAACAAUUCACUGCCAGUGUGUCGCUCGUUGUGUGCGGUAGAGGGCGCCCCGAACUGUGGUGAUAACGGGGUAUGCGCCAUAGAUACAAACACAGGAAAUGCCAUAUGCCGAUGCAUUUCGUUGGAUGACUUUCAUAUCUCUGGUGACAGAUGUGAAAUUAAAACUGAGAAAUAUUUUCUCAACAAGAGUGAGAUAAUGGGCAUUGGCUUAGGCGUGGGAGGAGCCGUUCUAUUCAUUGGCCUUAUUAUCGUCGUUGCUCUUUGUUGUAAGCUGCGUAAAAUGAGCCGAAAGGAUAAGUACAACGAGCCUAGGUUAGGUUAUUUAAUGGACUUAUCGGAAGACAAGCAGAAAAGAGGAUUCAUGGGUUCGAAUUCCGACGUCGAGCUUCAUCGGAUGUAUGGUGAAUACGUGGUAUCAGACAAAGGUGAUGAAAACUCCCGAGAGCACCAGGCCAUCUGUAAUCAGGCGUAUUCCUCCGAUGAACUCACCACGAAAGAGACUACAUUCACGAACGACAACUCUUACCAGUAUGUGGAUGAGAAGACGCUGAUGGAAAACUUGCAGAAGCUCGAUCCCUGGAGAAUGUAUGUGUGUCAGAUUUUGUCGUAGAGAGAUAAAAAGACAAAUGAACCCAAGGUUUUUUUUUUACAUGCUUGAGUUACAUACUGAUGAUGUCGAUCAAA